UUUUUCUGAAGCAAGGUAAAGAAAUUCUGCGCAGCCGCUUGCAAUCUCAUAUCGCUCAACAAUGGUGAACGUGCCAAAGACCAAGAAGACUUACUGCAAGUCUAAGGAGUGCAAAAAGCACACCUUACACAAGGUCACCCAGUACAAGAAGGGUAAGGAUAGUUUGGCAGCUCAAGGAAAAAGGCGUUAUGACAGGAAACAAUCUGGUUAUGGUGGACAAACUAAGCCUGUUUUCCACAAGAAGGCCAAAACUACAAAGAAGAUUGUCUUGAGGUUGCAGUGUCAAAGUUGCAAGCAUAUGUCUCAACAUCCAAUCAAGAGGUGCAAGCAUUUUGAGAUUGGUGGAGACAAGAAGGGCAAGGGAACUUCUCUAUUUUAAGUUAGAAAUUUCAGAAUAUGUUUCUGUUUUGAUUAUGACUGUUGGUUUUAUCUUGUUGAUUGCUAUGUUACUUUGAUGUUUCAAUAGUUUGUUUUUUUAUCAAGAUUGUUAAAACUCUUCUUGGGAGUCUACUAUAUUUAAUUUCAAGUUCUUAA